UUUCAUUCCCAUAUCAAACUUACAGUUACUAAACUUCAGGAGACAAUGAGAGACAACACAUCAAAUCCAUGUUUCACACACAUUAACCCAAACCAAAUAGAAAAGCCUGAGAUCAAAAAGUAACAAAUAGCAAUGGCACAAGCACAAGCUGAAGCCGAGGAAAAACCUGAAGAACCCCAAGAAAAGUUUGAAGCCAAAGGUGCCAUGGUAACAUCUGUAACAACAAAUACCAGCUGCAGCAGUAGUAGUAAUGGUGGUGGUAGCAACAACGGUGUUUCUUUCAAAUUCAAUGCGCAUGCACAGGAGUUCGUGCCCAGAUCGCAUACCCAAAUCCCCAUUUCGGGUUAUUAUUACCCUUGUUUCCACUACCUUGGUGGUGCUGCUGCUGCGGCUGGCUCCUCUGAUUGGUUCUUAGUUGGUGAUCAAGAACGUGCUGCUUGUUUGAUCUCUAAUCCUAAUAUCUCCAUACCCCAUUGUUCUUCCAAGAAUGUGCUCACAGAUGAUCUCCGCAUCAAGAUCAUCAAACAGGUGGAGUACCAGUUAAGUGACAUGAGCCUUCUAGCAAAUGAAUCAUUGUCAAAGCAAAUAAGUAAAGAUCCUGAAGGAUAUGUGCCCAUAUCUUUUAUUGCUUCCACAAAGAAAAUCAAGUCCCUCGUCAAUGCCAACCAGUUGCUGGCUCAAGCACUUCGGUCCUCUACAAAGCUUGUUGUGAGUGCAGAUGGUAAGAAGGUUAGACGUAAACACCCUUUCACUGAAAAGGACAGAGAGGAAGUGCAGGCUCGUACUGUUAUUGUAGAGAAUUUGCCUGAAGAUCAUUCUCAUCAGAACCUGGACAAAAUUUUUAAUGUAGUAGGGAGUGUGAAGAAUAUCCGAAUAUGUCAUCCCCAGGAAUCCAAUUCUUCCAAAUCUAAAACCGAUUUUUUUAACCGUAACAAGCUACAUGCACUUGUGGAGUAUGAUUCACCUCACAUCGCUGAGAAAGCGGUUGAGAAGUUAAAUGAUGAAAGGAAUUGGAGAAAGGGUCUGAGAGUAAGGUUGCUGCUUGGACUCACGCCCAAAUCUGUUCUGAAAACUAGAAAAUCAGAAUUCGAUGGGAUACUGGACGAGGAUGAUUCAUUACUUAAUGAAACCUCUGACGAUUCUUCUCAGCCAAACAAUACUACUGAAUCAACUGAGAACAAUUCCGAGGAUACUGCAACGGGAUCCAAAAAAGGAAGGGCCAAAGGGCGAGGAAAAGGGCGUGGGCGUGUUCAAAACAACAAGCAUGCAUUAUCUCCUCAAUCUAGCAACGCAUCCCAGUGUGAAGCAUCUGCAAAACAGAUUUCUAAGGGCCCCAGAAUGCCAGAUGGAACCAAGGGUUUCACCAUGGGGCGAGGCAAGCCAUUGACUUCCUCUGUGAAGUAAUGGAUGACACAUUCUUUCUUCUCUUCUCCAACUAUAGUAUUUUGAAUGGCUCCGUAUCUCCUGAAAACAGGACAUGAUUUAAGUAGCAACGAUGCAUAGUCUGGUCUAUAAUAUGUUACCAAUAGUUCAAGUUGUAUGGUUUGGUUUAGUUCUAUGUUACUCUGACUCCACGUCAUUAGUAUUUGGUUCGUGUAUGUGUCCAACAUGUAUAUGUUUAUAUUUGGAGGACCAUUUAUGGGUAUAUACCGUACACGGAUACAGAAAAUAUAGGGUGAGGGUAAUGUAGGUUUAGUAUUACUUUUUUUAAGCAAUCUAGUAGCAGUUUCCUCCAGGCAGUGGAA